CGAGACCAGUUCGUUAUUUUAAAAUCAAAAAUGAAGUUCCUCAUCGCGAUCGCGUUGCUAGCUUGCACAGUUUCUGGUCAUUCUGAUUGGGAAGAUAUUGAACCCCGAAAUAUUGAUUCUCUAGUCAGGAUUCCACCACGAGGAAAAGCUAUCGAAGGACGCAUAACAAAUGGAGAACCAGCUGCAGAAAAACAAUUUCCCUAUCAAGUUGGAUUAAUGCUUUAUUUAGAUGCUGGCAGGGCUUGGUGUGGAGGAACUUUGAUUUCGAAUCGUUGGAUAUUAACUGCUGCUCACUGUACCGAUGGUAUUAACGGUGUUGAUGUUUAUUUGGGGGCUACAAAUCGAACGGAUAAGACCGAAGCCGGCCAACAAAUCAUUCAUGUCGGCAAGAAAUACGUCUUUGUUCAUGAGCAAUGGGACGCAAGUCAAUUGGUCAAUGACAUUUCUGUUAUAAAACUUCCAGUUGAAAUUGAAUUCAAUGAAUAUGUCCAACCAGCUAGUUUACCUAAAUUGGGAGAUUCAUCACUUUACACUGGUGAAAAAACCAUCGCUUCUGGAUGGGGUCGAGACAGUGAUGCUGCCAAAGGUGCAUCGGAAAUCUUGCGUUGGGUAGAGGUUCCAAUUAUGGCUAACAACGUAUGCAACCGUUACUAUAUGGGCUCUGUGAAAGACACAAAUAUUUGUAUCAGCACAAAGGGUAAGAAAUCCACAUGCAAUGGAGAUUCUGGUGGUCCUUUGGUUUUGAAUGAUGGCAGCAAUACUGUUAUUGGUGCUACUUCAUUCGGUAUUGUUUUUGGUUGUGAGGUGGAAUUCCCAGGCGUAUUUACCAGGGUAACAUCUUAUUUGGGUUGGAUUAAGGAAAAAACUGGAAUUUCAAAUGAAUAAAUUAGUUAAAAAUGUUUUAGUCAAACUUUAAUUUAUUAUGUAACAACAAUAAAAUGAAAGCAUUUUGCUAUACUUUUUUGAUGUACAA